AUGUUUAAUUACGUGUUUAUCCUUUUCAGCGCACAAGUGGCACUGUAUGCCGCUGUGUGCCUGUGCUUGCUGCGAGGGGGCACUGCUCAGCCGACUGCGUGUAGUCUGGAUGCACAAUGCCCACCCGGAUUCUAUUGCGAACCUGAUCUACUAUUCUGUCGCGAGUGCUUACGCUGUGAGGACCUAAAGCGCAAGCCCCCUACAUCUCAUAGCUCAUGCAUAAAGUCUGUAGCGGAAUGUGGCCCCUGUGAUAUAGGGUUGGUGGAAGACCACCGUGGUGAUGUGAACAAUCAAUGCUUGCCGCGAAGCGAGAGAGACGAUGGCGAUGGUUUUCCUUUGUACGGCUGGGUGCUGGUCGCCAUGUUGUGCGUGCUUGUGCUCGUUUUAUUUGGUGGUAUCCUGUGGUAUGUGCUCAAGCACCCAGAUACCUUAAAAAUUCUCGCUUCAACCAGUACAUCAAUGCAGUCGCGUUGCGAGCGAAGUGUAGUCCCCGCGACUGCUCCGGAGCACCCGCCGCCAUACAACGCGCUGUACACCGCGGUGCAGCCAUCGCCCCCAUCGCCAUCUAUGCCACAUUCGCCACAGCCCCCUGCAGUUUCCCCUCAUCCUAACAGUGAAACUGACUACCAACCUCCAGAUGAAGAGUCGUCGCUGCCGUUCAUCAAGCGUGCGGCGUCGGGGCGCGCGUGGGAGGCGCGCGAGGCGCGCGAGUCGGCCGGCCGCCAGGCGGCGCGCGUCUUCAACAACCCCGCCUACGUGCGCGGCGCGCACCCCCCGCCCGGUUAUGAAACGGCCGUAAUGCAAAGUGUGAUGGAUCCAAAGCUGACGGAUCACGAUGAGGACACCAUGGAAAGCACGUGGACGCCGUCAGAAAACACCGAUCAAAACGAUAACAACGCUAACAGUACGGCGGUGGACAGCGGCGGGGCGGGCGCGGCGGGCGGGGAGGGCGGCGAGCUGCCGGCGCUGCUGGCUGCCGCGCGCGCCACCACGCUCGUGCGCCCGCACUACGACCUCGCGCGCCAGGAUCCUAACAACAACGGAAGUCGUAGCAACGGGGAACCAUCCUUUGUAUGCGGUGAAGGUGGUAGUGGUUCCAACAGUGCGCAUGGCGGUUCUUCAUUCAUCAUCAAUGUAGUACAAACUAUCAAAACGGUUCAACAGCGAGGAGACAUUGGUCACUGA